AUGGCCUCGAUCAAUUUCACUGCGCCAAAUAGUGUUGAUGACAUCUUAAUGUUUGGCAGGUACUACCAAACGAUCGUUGCCAUGGAGCCAGACUUGGUUGAUGACAGGAGGCUUCUACGUGAGGAAGAGGCCUCCUUUAUCCGGGAGACUGCGGCUUGUGAUGAUUUAACCGCAGUAGCGACUUGCCAGGAAAGGCUCAACCUGGGACUUGACUAUUACUACGCAGUCAAACAUCAAAUCACGUCGUUUCUUAGAGUAUGGGACGGCAUCAUUGACCAGAAACGUCGCUAUGAUGCUGCAGGAUGGUUUGAGAGAAGCCGUGGUUUUAUCGAUUCCUUCCAGUUCUGCUCAUACCUGAUCCCGCAAAGAGUUAGUAUUGGGUUUCUUGGGCCUUACGUGGGCGUUCCACGAUUUAAUAAAGGCUUCAGUGAUGGAAAUACGUUAGGCCGCCCAUUUUCUUACCACUCUGCAACGCCGACAGUUGUCAAUUCGCCUCUGCGUUGGACCGAAUCGAUUCAACAUGGUAAUUUUAGAGAGCAGGCCCUCUCUGACAAAGAAUAUCCAGACGCUCUUGCCCUCUCGCCAACUGUCUGCAACGACGAUUUCGAGGACGUUGAUGUCUACGGCGGAUCUGGGACCAUAUCCAUAUCAAGUGAUGAUGACAGCAGCGACGAUGAUAUUGAUUACAGCCAGUACAGCGAUGAGAGCGAUAAAAGUAAGGCGCUCCAGUUCCCCUCCGAGCUCACUGGCAGAAACCUCUCAAGUCGCGGCUUCGAAGGUCCGAGCACAUAUCAGCCGAAGGCACUGGAAGAUACGUUGAGAGAAAAGCUUCUCAACAACCUUUCCAAAACAAAGCAGCCAUAUGAGACUCUCCAACGCGAUGAUGACGUUGGAAAAAGACCACCUGCCUCAGGAGAGGGGAAGCGUCCAAGCCGAACGUUAGAAGACGUACAGAAGAAACGGAAGUUUUUUGCAGUUCAAGAGGGCAAUGAGCAUGAGUAUGAAGGAAUCACUAAAGGAGACAAGCGGCCGCGCGCCGCAUGAAGGUAGAAGAAGGUGGAGAAGAGAAGCUGGAAUGAUGGAAAAUUUGUUGUUUACCGAG